GUUUGCUAAGUGAGCCCCCACCUACAGGGGCUCGGGAAUCAAGCACUGCUAAACUGGAUCAUAGGCAGAACAGGAACAGUCUCAGAAAACUAUGGCAUCUUCUAAGGGAAUGGCCAUCGGCAUCGACCUGGGCACCACCUACUCGUGCGUGGGGGUGUUCCAGCACGGCAAGGUGGAGAUCAUCGCCAACGACCAGGGCAACCGCACCACACCCAGCUACGUGGCGUUCACCGACACAGAGCGGCUGAUUGGGGAUGCGGCCAAGAACCAGGUGGCUAUGAACCCCCAGAACACCGUGUUCGACGCGAAGCGGCUGAUAGGCAGGAAAUUUAAUGAUCCUGUAGUGCAAUCAGAUAUGAAACUUUGGCCUUUUCAAGUCAUCAAUGAAGGAGGCAAACCCAAAGUGAUGGUGUCCUACAAAGGGGAGAACAAAGCCUUCUACCCUGAAGAAAUCUCUUCCAUGGUACUGACUAAGAUGAAGGAGACUGCAGAGGCUUUCUUGGGUCACCCUAUCAGCAAUGCAGUGAUCACUGUGCCUGCCUAUUUCAAUGAUUCACAGCGCCAGGCCACCAAGGAUGCAGGGGUGAUUGCAGGUCUUAAUGUUCUAAGAAUUAUCAAUGAACCCACAGCAGCAGCCAUUGCCUACGGCUUAGAUAAAUCAGGUCAGGGGGAGCGACAUGUCCUGAUCUUUGAUCUGGGUGGAGGCACAUUUGAUGUGUCCAUCCUGACCAUAGAUGAUGGGAUCUUCGAGGUGAAGGCCACGGCAGGCGACACGCACCUGGGUGGCGAGGACUUCGACAACCGGCUGGUGAGCCACUUUGUGGAGGAGUUCAAGAGGAAGCACAAGAAGGACAUCAGCCAGAACAAGCGCGCCGUGCGGCGGCUGCGCACAGCCUGCGAGAGGGCCAAGCGUACCCUGUCCUCCAGCACCCAGGCCAACCUGGAAAUAGACUCCUUGUAUGAGGGUAUUGACUUCUAUACGUCCAUCACCAGGGCGCGCUUUGAGGAGCUGUGCGCAGACCUAUUUAGGGGCACUCUGGAGCCUGUGGAGAAGGCUCUUCGGGAUGCUAAGAUGGAUAAAGCCAAAAUUCAUGACAUUGUUUUAGUAGGAGGCUCCACUCGUAUUCCUAAGGUGCAGAAGCUGCUGCAGGACUACUUUAAUGGCCGUGAACUCAACAAAAGCAUCAACCCUGAUGAGGCAGUAGCCUAUGGGGCAGCAGUGCAGGCGGCCAUCCUGAUGGGGGACAAGUCGGAGAAGGUGCAGGACCUGCUGCUGCUGGACGUGGCCCCGCUGUCGCUGGGGCUGGAGACGGCGGGCGGCGUGAUGACGGCGCUCAUCAAGCGCAACUCCACCAUCCCCACCAAGCAGACACAGAUUUUCACCACCUAUUCAGAUAACCAGCCUGGGGUGCUGAUCCAGGUGUACGAGGGUGAGCGGGCCAUGACACGGGACAACAACCUGCUGGGGCGCUUUGACCUAACUGGAAUCCCUCCUGCACCCCGAGGUAUUCCUCAGAUCGAGGUGACUUUUGACAUAGAUGCCAAUGGUAUUCUAAAUGUUACAGCUAUGGAUAAGAGCACUGGCAAGGCCAACAAAAUCACCAUCACCAAUGACAAGGGCCGGCUGAGCAAGGAGGACAUCGAGCGCAUGGUGCAGGAUGCUGAGAAAUAUAAAGCAGAGGAUGAGAUCCAGAGAGACAAAAUUGCUGCAAAAAAUGCUUUAGAAUCCUAUGCUUUUAACAUGAAGAGUGCUGUGAGUGAUGAAGGCUUGAAGGACAAAAUUAGUGAGUCUGAUAAACAGAAAAUAUUGGACAAAUGCAAUGAGGUCCUUGCAUGGCUGGAGACCAAUCAACUGGCUGAGAAAGAUGAGCUGGAGCAUAAGAGAAAGGAAUUGGAGCAGUUGUGUAACCCAAUAAUCUCCAACCUCUACCAGGGAGGGUGCACUGGCCCUACUUGUGCAACAGGAAACAUACCUGGAAGGGCUGCCACAGGCCCCACCAUUGAAGAAGUAGAUUAAUCUUUUGUGAAACUGGAAGGUUCUGGGGUGCCUCUUAGGUGAAUUUUGUUCCCCUAAUCUUCAAACAUUGCUAUGAUUCUUGAAUUGACUGGACCAUAGUCUCUUAUCACUUCUUUGGGAUUCUAAUGGGAGAAUCUCAUAUAUCAUCUUUUCAUAUUCCCAGCAUCCUGACUCUGAAGUGAGACUCACAGUAAAACUAGUCUCUUCUUUGAACCAUGUGAUGAAUUUGAAGGUUGGCUAUUUAUCUCCAGUAUCCCCAACUUUCUUCCUCCUGUAUGGAUGACUAUUGCCACUCAGUAAAUUUGUUCCUAAAGCAAA